AUGUUCGUUGCAAGCUGCAUUACCGUUUCCUGGGCUGUUUACACGGUCUCCGCCUGUGUGGGGGUGUCCCAAAAUUUAGGGUACCUUACUUUGGGCUCCUUAAGAAGGAUCCCACUAUUCAGGGCAGUAGAUCAGGGUCCCCUACUUGCAGAAACCCCGUGUUGCAAGGUCCGGUACCGCUCCGGCGAGGAUCUGGGUCUGGAUAUGCACACGGAUGAUUCCGACGUGACGAUGAAUCUCUGCUUGGGAUUGGAAUUCGCGGGUGCCGGCUUGCAGUUUUGCGGCAUGGUCGGUGCCACAGAUCAUCGCAAACACUGCUACACCUACUACCACAAGAAGGGCACCUGCGUCAUCCACCUCGGACGACGGCGGCACGGUGCAGACGACAUCACGUCCGGCGAGCGGCUGAACCUAAUUCUUUGGAACCACUCCAGCACGUACAGAGCAAGUGAUGAAUCCGAGAAUCCAGACUAUCUCAUAGAAGAAGGCCCUCCGGAUGCUGUCUGCGUGAGCUACACACACGACCGGGACUUCGGGAACUUCAAGGUCUGGGCCUGGGGGUUUAGGGUUUAG